AUGGGUAAGAAGGUCAAAAUCGGAAAGCAGCGACGGGACAAGUUCUAUCAUUUGGCCAAAGAAGCUGGAUAUCGGUCUCGAGCCGCCUUCAAAUUGAUCCAAUUAAACAAACGAUUCGAAUUUCUUCAAUCAUCUCGUGCACUUGUCGACCUUUGUGCUGCUCCUGGAGGAUGGAUGCAAGUCGCAAAACAGAACAUGCCUGUAUCGAGCAUUUGUGUCGGUGUCGAUCUUGUACCGAUUAAGCCCGUUCACGGAUGUAUUUCACUACAGGGCGACAUCACCGAAGAAUCGACUCGUCAAGCAAUUAAAAAAGAACUAAAGGGGUUUCAGUGUGAUACAGUACUUCAUGAUGGUGCGCCAAACGUGGGAAUGAAUUGGAUUCACGACGCUUUUCAACAAAAUUGCUUGACUUUGAUGGCUCUGAAAAUGGCAACACAAAUAUUGAAAAGGAACGGAACUUUUGUGACAAAGGUUUUCCGCAGCAACGACUACCACCAUCUCAUCACAGUUUUUGAAAAACUUUUUAAAAAGGUCCAUGUGUGGAAACCAGCUGCUUCUCGACUUGAAUCAGCCGAAAUUUUCGUGGUUUGCGAGAAAUAUUCGAAGCCUGAAAAAGUCGACCCCGAUCUUCUGAACGUAAAGAAAGUUUUCCUUGAGCCAAAUCUUGAUCCAGCGAAGCCCAACAGCCAAGUUUUGUUGUUCAACAAAAAACAAAAGAAAGUGAAAGCGGAAGGAUAUGCUGAAGAUGAGACGAUCACUAUGUACAAAACUUCCACUGCUACUGAGUUCAUUGAUUCCCACAACUACCUGGAUUUAUUAGCAAAAAGCAACUCAGUUAUACUGGAUCAGGAAAAAUGGUCGGCAUCUCCGGAUACUACUGAAGAGAUACUUGAAUAUCUUAAAGACAUCAAAACUUGUGGUCCUCGUGAACUUCGAAUUAUCUUGAAGUGGCGAAAGAAAAUGAAAGCUUUGCAAGAAAGUGAAACGCCUACUAAUGAAAUGGAGGUAGAGAAAGCAAGUGAAGAAAAAACCGAAGAAAACCCAGAAGACAAAGAGGACAGAGAGCUUGCCGAGAUAGAAGCGCAAAUUGCCCAAGCCAGUGCUACAGAAAGAGCUGCACUUAAGAAGAAAAAGAAGAAGAUGCUAUUGGAAAAGGCAAAAGUUCUUAAACGAAAGCAGCUCAAAAUGAUCCAUGAAGGUGAUGAGGGCCCUAUUGAAGAAAUGCACGAUCUUUUUUCACUUAAAUCUAUCAAGAAGGCUAAAAUGUCAUUGCUUUCUGGAGACAGAGAAGUUCCGGACUUUAAGGACGAUGAAGAUGAAGAUGAAUUUGGACUGGGACAGGGAGAAUGGGAAACACAUGGGAACGACGGUGGUACAAAUGCUGCGGAGGAAUCUGAUGAAGAAAACGAACUCAUUCACACGGAAGAACGGCUUAUGGAACCAACCGAAAGGCGCGCACAAAAUGUUUCAAGUUGGUUUAACAAGAGCGCAAUAACCGAUCUUUUGUCGUCUGAUGAUGAGGACGAUGAACUUGAUGCGGUCGAAAGAUAUAUGCGAAAAACCAAGCAUACUUUCAAAGAUAAUACUGUAUCGUUCGAAGAGCCAGCAAAACGCAAAAAAAUUGACGACGACCUUGAAGCCCCUAAUAUUAGUGAUUUCAAUCGUGAAAUGGACGUCGAGAGCGAGGAAGAAUAUGAAGAUGCUGAUAAGCGUGUUGAAAAACGCAAACCGAAAGAGGAAAGCAAGGAAGCUAAAACUUCUGUUUCAAAAGUGACUGAAUUGACUCCUGAACAGCUCGCCUUGGCUGAACAACUCAUAUAUUCUAGUAAGACGAGAAGUGAGCUUGAAGACUGGGGCUGGAACAGGUACACUAAUAACGACGAAGGCCUGCCAGCUUGGUUCGUUGAUGACGAGAAAAAACAUUACCGAAAGGAACUUCCGGUUACAAGAGAACAAGUGAAAUUUUAUCGCGACCGUCUGAAAGAAAUUAAUGUCCGUCCUAUUAAAAAGGUUGCUGAAGCAAAAGCACGAAAAGCUCGGCGAACUUCAAGGCGCAUGGAAAAGGCUAAAAAGAAAGCCGAGGCAAUUGUUGAAAAUGAGAAUCUAGAGCAUCCGGAAAAAGUACGAGAGAUGAAAAAACUUUACCGUAAUGCAAACAAAAAGGAGGAUCGCAAGGUUCAUUUGGUGGUUGUGAAUAAGGGCAACCGAGGCAAAAUGAAUCGGCCGAGUGGACGCUACAAAACCGUCGAUCGGCGAAUGAAAAGCGAAUUACGUGCCCAAAAGGCUGCUGAUAAGAGAAGUGGUGGAAAGCGAGGAAGAGGUGGACGGGCUGGUUCUGGUCGAGGCAAACGA